AUGGUUCUGUUCCAGAACAAGAUCAUCUACAUGCCCAGUAUCCCGCCGCUGUCUAAAUUCGAGACGGCGGGUGACUACGCGACUGAAUGUCGUCCCGUCCGGUGGACAGAGGAUUCGCUCGUUACGAAAGACCGCGUCCAUAUUUCUCUUUUGCUCGGAGAGAUGCCGGAUGAGGCUACGAAGACACCUCCAGAGGAAGUGGAGCAUGUCGUUGUAUUAUAUUUCCAGGGGAAUGCAUCAUCCCUCCCCCCACGCCUCCCAUUCCUAUCCCAAGCACUGAAAAAGGCCAAACAGCCCCCCUCAUCCCCCCACCGAAAGAUCACCAUCGUAGGCGUUUCCUACAGAGGCUACUGGACCUCCAGCGGCCGGCCCUCCCAGCGCGGCAUCGAGAUCGACGCCAAGGCAGCGCUGUCGUGGGCCCUCCACAAAUACGCCCACCUGCCUCGCGUGAAGAUCGUCCUCUGGGGCCAGAGUAUAGGCGCCGGUGUCGCGACAGGCUUAGCAGCAGAGUAUCGUGCCAAUCCGUCCGAAUUUGCGACUGACGAUUUACGCAUCCCGAUUAGUGGACUCGUGCUUGAAACGCCUUUCACUUGCAUGGAGGACCUUCUGCUGGCGUUUUAUCCGCAGAAGUGGCUGCCGUAUCAUUAUCUGGGGCCGUUUUUGCGCUCGCAUUGGGAUAGUGUUCGUGCUGUGGAGAGGAUUGCUGGUGUGGGUUUGGACGGGGAGAUGGACGCCCAGGACGGUCCCACUCCCCAAAUCCUAUUACUCGAAGGCGAAAAAGACGAAGUCGUCCCGGCAGGAAACGCAGAAAUUCUAGAACGCCGCUGUCGCGAAGUGAAGCUAGACGUACAGCGGAAAGUGAUUCCCAGAGCGCUGCACUCAACCGUCAUCAUGGACACAACCGGCCAGCGUGCGGUGGCAGACUUUCUCAAAACGAUUUAG